AUGGAGGCUGACGGGGACAUCGUCGCGGAUGAGGGCUACGAGAGUGCUUCAACGGACUCGAGCUAUAUGACCAGCAUAGCAUCAGAGAUUUGCAACGGCAUCGAGGAAUACGGUCGCCGCUGGGCUUCGUAUGGGCGACACUUUUACGGCCUUCCCAUUGACGACGAAGAGCAAGGUCGAAACGACCUCCAGCACUAUAAGUUCUUUCUGCUUUAUGAAGGACGACUACAUCUCUCCCCCAUUCAUGCGGAGCCUCGAAACAUCCUCGACCUAGGUGCUGAGAGCGGCAUUUGGGCUAUCGAGACAGCCGACCUAUGCCCGUCAGUACGAGUAAUCGACGUCGAUAUUGCGGCGGUCCAGCCAAUUUAG